AUGUGUAAUCAGACCGAGUUUUGUGAUCUAUUUGGUUUCCACUACAACACCCGAUCGCUGCUACGUGGCUGGUUUGACAAGAACCCGAAUAGGGCAGCGUGCAUUAUCACUGAUAUUGGUUACAUGACUGUUCUGCCGCCAUCCAUGGCCGACGAGAUCCGGAAUGACUCCCGUCUCAGCUUUACCGCAUUCUCGUCCUUCCAGACAGAAUAUCCCGGAUUUGAGGCUUUCAGAGAUGGUAGGCUUGAUAAAAUUACUCUCACAGUCAUCAAUAAAGACCUUACAAAUCACCUUGCGAAAGUCACGACGCCCUUAGCGGAAGAAACCACCCAAACGUUAAAUGAACUUAUCGGUAAAAUCACUGAAUGGCAGACCAUUACGCUAAAAGAUACAAUCCUGCACCUCGUGGCCAGGAUCUCCUCGCGACACACGACCAAUGAAUUCAUGGCCGGUGACCUCCUGCGCCAGUGGCCCGAGUACAUGCGACCCUUUGUUCACUGGUUCAUCACCGAAUGCCAGAAGCUGCGGUCGCAGGGCCGGUGCCACCCCGCCCCGGUUUACGAUGCGAUUGAGUGGUUCGAGGAGGCCGCCGUUGCCAAGGGCCAGAGCUACGACCCCGCGAUCGCUCAGCUGUUCUUUUCGACCGUCGCCAUCCAUACCACCACCGACAUCUGCUCGACCAAGGAGAGUCAGAGAAUGAAGCCUUUGCAGCUUGCAAGCAUGCAACGCGUGGCCCUGAACGACGUCACGCUCUCCGAUGGCACCUUUAUCCCUAAGGGCACCGCGUCGUGCGUCUCCAGUCACCGUCUGUGGGACCCUAAGGUGUACGCGAACCCGGAGCAAUUCGGACAGGGAAAGCACGCAUGUUCCAGUCGCUUCUUCGCAGCGAAUGAGCUGCAGAUCGCACUCGUGCAUUUGCUGCACGACUAUGAAUGGAAGUUGCUUGGGAAGCAGGCUACUUCGGUCCAUGACUUCGGCAUAAAUCCCCUGCUGGACCCGGCUAUCAAGAUGGAGAUACGGGCACGACAGAAAGAUACUGCACAAGCGUGCCGACGUUCGAACUAAUGAGUUGUCAGUAUGACUCUUAAUUCCGACGAUGUCAUCUCGAAGACCAUGGUUGUAAAUUGAGGCUCGACGGUACUGUAUUUAGUUGCUACCCGAAGGCGUAGCUUGCGAAUGGACUGAACAUUGUGC